AUGGCUGGUGCCCCUCCUCCUCCACUCCCUUUGGGUUCGCCUGCAGGAACCUUAAUCAACGGUGCCCCCGCAACCAAAGUCACAGCUUCCAUGACUACUCUCUCCGCCCUCCCCAUUCUCCGCCACACAAUCAUGCGUCCCAAUCGUGUCCUACUAGUUGGACCCCGUCGCGUCCCAAACGAAGAAGCAUGGUUAGCAACCCAAGUCGGCGAGUUACAAAACCCCGCGUGUCGUAAUUGUGCCAAGGGUAACGGGCCCUUUACCGCUUGUGUGGUCGUGCCAGGCCGUUUGAAGGAAGCUUGUACGAACUGCUAUUAUGGGGGGACGGGAAGUAGAUGUACGUUGAGACAUGAUCAUGAAAAUGCAGUAGCACAUCUUCAAGCUGGGGUUCAGCCAGCUCCAAUUGUACCAGGCAUGGCACCUGCUGUUAAUUUUGGUGGUCAACUCGGUGGUAUGGGUGGUGUGGGGGCUCCUGGAGCUAUGGGAUUCGUACCGCCUCAGGGCGGGCAAGCUCCAGCGAAUAUUCCGCGGGGUGGAGGUCGAGGGGGGCCGCGACGUAUUGCGCCACUCUUGGUUGGGCCAGUGGGUAGUGGGUUUGGGGGAGCGGCGGGGGCUCCAGGGCCGGCAGUAAUUCCGGCAGCGGUGAUGAUUCCUGCUCCUGCAGCUGGGGCAUAUGGACCGACGAGACGCUCGAGAUUGAGAUUUGUGAGGAGCUUGAAUGAUAUUGCGUUGCAGGCGGAGAGGAUCAGGAUAAAGAGUGAGAUGGCGAGGUUGAGGGCUGAGUUGUAUGCGGUUGAGGAUGCGAUUGAUGAGAGGGAGGUUGCAGCGCAUAUAGAUGAUGAUGUGGAUGAUGGGUUGGGAGGUGCUGAUAAGACUGUGGCAGAUGUUGAUCAAGCAAUAGAAGAAGCUGACCAAGCAGCAGCCGAAGAAGAGGAGGAAGAUGUGGAACCCGAAAUGGAACCCGAAGCCGAAGACGAAGAAGAGGAGGAGGAGGAGGAAGAGGGAGUAGAGCCCCCAGCCAAAAGGGUAAACACAGGGAAAAGAAAGCCAUAA